GGAGUUCUUAGGCAGAGAUACGGUUGACGGCUGAGACUUGUUUUCUCGGAUGUGUUUUGCCGAGCAUCGACCAACAUCAAAGCAUCUUCAUCCACUUUUCCCGCGAGUUGCAUCACCAGCAGUUGCUAUCGUCGCCAUCAUUUUCUUGUCCUCCUUGCGCGCGUGGGUAGCGACUGACGGAAAGAAGGAGGAGCAACGGUUCUUUGACUUUGAAUUUGAAUUCUUCAACAAAUCAAGGUUAGUCGUGGUUCAUAUGUCUAUUGUUAGGAUUAAGUCGUAGAUUAGAACUUCAUUGAUGUAUAUUCUUGCAAUUGAAUGUGAAAUUUGUUGAUUAAUCGAUGAUUUGCUUGGAUUGAGGUUGGGUUGGUUCAUCUAUGGAUUCUCCGCCAGGCUACCAGCGAGAGUAGAGGCUGGGCAAUGGCGUGUGACAUGCUGGGCAGUCGGCUCUGGCAGGGGCUAGGCAGCGGGCUAAUUUUGGCAGGGUGCCGGGUCGGUUUGGUGUGGCAGUGUAUUGUUUCGACGGGUGCAGCAUGUCUGGAAUUGGAAUCUCAGUUUCGAAUUUGCAUUGGGACCAUUAGACAGGUAUUUAGCUGGGGCAUACCUGGAGGGCAGCAAGACAGAAAGGAUGGAACUUGAUAACUACGAAGUUGAUGCUAGCUCAAACUAUGCUAACGAUAUGGGAAUUAACAAAGAAAAGACAAAAAAGAAGAGCUAGAUCAACUACUUUGGGAGGUGGCGCCUACCAGCUCAUCGUAGCUUUGUGAUACCUGAAACUAACUUGGAAGACGAGGUCGAGAUAAUUGAUCUCUAAGAGCACCGUGUACCAGCACAACGUUUCAAUGUGACGAACCAAGGGAAAAUUGUGAAGACAGUUUACCCACCUCUAAGGGGAUAUCUACUUGCCCGAUGGAGUGCAAUGAAGGCUAAACGAAAGAUGAUGAUAAGGCGAUGCGUGAGCGUGAGGAAUGUUGACUCGAAAAAGACCAGUAGCACCGACAAUACGCACAUCGUGUGCCUUGAGAUAUCGACAUCUUGUUAAUGCACUCAUAAAAUAACAUGUGACCCCCAUU